AUGAGGGAGCGGAGGUCUGGCACCAUCGUAAAUGUUGGCCGCACGGCGGAAGCAAAAGGAUAUUCGGAAGCUCUCGCUCAUGACCUCUCUCCCUUCAACGUUCGUAUUCUCGUCGUAGAGCCCGGACAGUUCCGCGCGCGAGAUUCGCAACACGCAGCGGGAACUACGAAACCAUACGAGGGUUCUCCCCCCAAGUAA